GACGAGUAUCAAAAUGCUUGACUGAUGCAGUGAUACUUCCGUUUUAUUUUCAGAAUAAAAUCUCAGUUUGGUUGCUGGGGAGUAAAUGGUCUCUUUGAAACUACUCAUGUAGAUCCAUGGGAUCGCCACACCAAUAUGUUCACCCAUAGUAGCUCUGUGAGAUACUUUUAUACUCUGUUCGAUAUUUUCUGUAGCUUGUUGUCAUUGAGUAACACUUCAAACAUGUUUUCAACAAAGGAAGUGUUUAGUUCAACGUUCUCUGCUGUGAUUUUGAAAGUGACUCCCUGACACUGGAAGUCAUAAUGCAUAAAACAGCGUUACCUUACCAUGUUUUCUUAAGCCAUGUUUCUAUCACAAGUUAACAAAUAGUUGAUGUUGUAACAUUGUGCGCUCUAAUUAGUGUCCUUAAGCAGCAGUGUCUAUAGCGGUUUCUUAGGAAGUCGGGAUGUCCAGUGAUCUUGCUGGUGUGUGGGAGGUGGCACUGAGCGAUGGAGUCCACAGGAUAGAGUUUGAACAUGGCACGACCACUGGAAAGAGGGUCAUCUACGUUGAUGGAAAGGAGAUACUGAGACGGGACUGGAUGUUCAAACUCGUGGGGAAGGAGACUUUCAGUGUGGGCAAGUCAGACACCAAAGCAACCAUCAACAUCGAUGCAGUCAGCGGUUUUGCCUAUGAGUACACCUUGGAGAUCAAUGGGAAGAGCUUGAAGAAGUACAUGGAGAACAGAUCAAAGGUCACCAGCACCUGGUUGCUCAACUUGGAUGGUACUGACUGCAGGGUGGUCCUGGAGAAAGACACUAUGGAUAUUUGGUGUAAUGGCCAAAAGAUUGAAACUGCAGGGGAGUUCGUGGAUGAUGGCACAGAGACACAUUUCACGCUCGGAGACCACAACUGCUGUGUGAAGGCCGUGAGCAGCGGGAAGAGACGAGACGGGAUCAUUCACACGCUGCUUGUGGAUGGCACAGAGAUAGCUGAAUGCACAGAGUGACUGUGUGUGUGUGUGCUUACAUUUGUAUGAAAGCAGGUUUGUAUGUGUGACUCUUAGGAUCUCAGUAACACUGAGGAAUGAUGUUUAAAGCUGUCAUAGGAGUCAGAAAUGUGCGCCCCUAUGUUUUGAUGGCCGUGCUGUGGAGGGUAUAUUAGCCAUACUGGUAAAGGCUGUAACUAAUAUAGCAACAGUUUAAGAUAGGACCCACUGUUUUACAGGUUUUAAAGGAGAACACAUUUCAGUCACAAACAAGGGAUUUACUGUCUCAAAAUGUAACGUCACACUGAAACACUUUGUUGAGUUGUAAACUGGUACUUUGUGUUGAUAUAAAUACUAUCAAUUUCAGUCUUAUUAUCAGUAAUGGAGGCCGGACGUGCCAUAUUUAUCUCACUCAACCUGGCUCAGUUUGCCCUCCGGUUGCUAACAUGAGUUGCAGGUGCUCUCUUACAGAUGUACUGUACCUGUUGUCAUUUCGGAGAAAACAUCCACUCACUUCAUUAAUAACCUGAGCCAGUAAAAGCCAGACUCAACCUGUUCUCCCUGCGCUUCAUGCUCGCUUUCAUGUACUUUUCAACAUUGUGCAGUAGGAGGAUCAGAUACCAGGGUACAAGAUUAUUCCUUGAAUGUAGCAUCAUUCCAGCAUGCACUGCUCAGGAAUGAUAUUUGUUUAGUCCUGUGUUGAUGUGUUAAAUGGUCUUUUUUGACUGAUGCAGCCAGGUGAUUUUACACUAAAAUGUUAUUAGCUUCUAGCAUACUGCUGUAGAUGUGUGAAAACAUCCUGUGGUCCAACUGUCUACAUUUUAAUGGCUGUAAUAGUUUCAUAGACAAUCAUUCAAGUGUCACAUUAUUGCCAGU